CUUCCGGGCAUGCGCAGUGCCACUUUUAACACGCCUUAGUGAAGUUGAUCAUGGCGACGACCGGCUUAAAAAACGUUUGGAUCUAUUUUCUACUUUUGGCAAUAGGAACAUUGGUACCUAGUACGAGUGCCAACAUUCAGGUCCCAAAUGCUGGUGUUUGUGCGGAUGGAAACUACACACACGACGGUAAAACGUGCUGCCUCUGUGCUCCUGGUCAGAGAGUCCUAAAACAUUGCACGGAUAGCCCAACUAAUGGUGAAUGUGUCUUCUGUGAAGAAGGCAAAACAUACAGAGAGGAGCCAAACAGCCAAACAACGUGUGAGCUCUGUGACUCCUGCUCACACCCCAACGCCAAUUUGGAAGUGGUGGAACGCUGUACCACUUCAAGAAAUGCCAAAUGUGGAUGUCAGAAGGGCUACUAUUGCGACAGUGAGAAGGGAAGCUGUGUGGUCUGCCAGUCUUGUGAUAUAUGUGAAUCCACUGGCAUCAAAAUAGCCUGUAAUGGUACCAGCAACACAGUGUGCAAUGAAAGCCAAGGUAUAAGUGGUGGAGCAAUUGCUGGAAUCGUCAUCGUUAUCAUUUUGGCAAUCCUAGCUGCUGGGGUUGUACUUUGGUGGAAAAAAACAAGAAAGCCAAGCGAUGGAGCUGAACCAGACAGCGAGGAACUUGAGUAUCUCAACGAAGUGGACAUCAAGCCUCACCUGGCUGACAUCGCGCAAAUUCUGGGAUGGAAAGAUAUGUUGUAUAUCGCAAGGAAAAGUAAAAUGUUAGACACCACCAUUGAUUCUUGCCAGUUGAACCAUCCAAACGACACCGAGGAGAGCACCGUCGAGCUGUUACAGAAAUGGUCAGAGAUAAAAGGCAGAACUGGAGUGAGGUCGCUGGUUCAGAUGCUCAAUGCAUCCAGAAAGCAAGACAAGAAAGAAAGGAUUUUAAAGUUGAUCAAAAAUGACACCAACAAUGAAUGUAGCAAUCCUGUUUGAACGUUUUGUCAAGACAAAGAAAAUCUGCAUUAGGGCUCGUUCUAGGACAAAACUUAUAUUGAGCACAGUUUUUUAAAGACCCACGCCAAUGAAAAUGGUGUUUUUAACAUGUUUUUAUGGCAUUUUUUACUGACGUUGAAGGACAUGUAUGGAAAAAAAAUGUACUUAAAAUUGCAUUCAUGAGUAUUUCUUUAUCAAAAUUGUGAAUCAGGAGCAGAUGGAAAAAAGGGGUUAUUUGUGACGAUUACGCUAAGGCGGAGUUACUCAGCACCAAUGGUCCCGCCCACAACUCAGGGGUAAAUUUCUAAUGAACGACUGCGACUUUGCAGAAACUAUGUCCUAGAAAACAGCUAAGAAUGGCGUAAUCAUGAUUGAAAGAGCACUGCAAAGACUUUAAAAAUAGAUCGAGAAAUAAUCGGAGUGGGUCAGUAAUGCACAAAAGAACCAUACUGUGAGCACCAGCAUAAUUCAAAGAUUAUAUGUGCCGUUAUGAAAUAGAUUCCCGUAUGACCUGCAGUUUCUGCAGUAUCAUUGAAGAACAUAGAAUCUAUUUAUAAAGUCAUUUUUUUAGUAACAUUUUCCAUUUGUUCUUAAAGUUACUGUAUUGUAAACCUCGGUUCUUCCAUCUCUAUGGAUCUAUGAACAAGCUUACUCUUUUAGCUGAUGUACAAAUACCUUAAAUGAUUUAAUGAUUGUUGCAUGAUUUAACGCUUUAAUGCCUAAAGUAUUUUCCAGCUAAAAAAAAAAUACUUAUGUUUUUGCUUUCAUGUAGAUGCUAAAUUAAGGUAAUUUUGUUUCCCAUGUGGUUUGUUGCAUAUUUGCAACAAUAGGGGUCUAUGGGUUCAGAUCAUUCUUUUGUUUUGUUAGUGGGAUGAUUAGCAAAAACUGACUAAAAUUAACCUCUAAAUAUAUAAGUUUCCCAUUUUGCUUUUAUUAAUCUUUAUAAAAGAUCACCUUAUUACAUUUGUGUAUAACUUGCUAUGAAAAUGUGUGUUUUAAUAUCACUGUUUUCCCUUUUUUAAUGAUUAGAUUGGUUUUUGAGAGUUUUUAAAAGUGUUUACAUGUUUAUAACUUAAAAAGAGUUUACAUAUUUAGCCUAAAAAUAAGGAGCUCAAAUCUUUUUUUUGUUCCUGAUACUCUUUCUUCUUGCUGUUUUUGCUCCGUUCAAUAAAAUGAAAAUAUGGUAAGAUGUAUAUUUAUUACAAUGUCAACAUUUCUGUUCAGCUCAACUUGGGAAAGACAUAUAUUGUCAUGUUUUUUCUUUUAUUUCAUGAUGUUAGAAGCCAGAGAAAAUUCGUCAAUACUUGCUUAUUGCUGCAGAUGGCCCAACGUUUGAGGGCCUUUCAUUGUUUUAACCACUGGACCUCACAGGUUUAGUUUAGUUUUUGUCUUUCAUAAAACUUUCAAUAAAAACCACAUGUUAAACCGGCUU